CAUGUGAAACUCCACAUGACCAGCAUGUGUAUUACCCAUCCUAUUCCUUCAGUGGAGAUAAGAAACUGGGAGCAAUAAAAUCGUACAGUUGUGAAACUGGAUAUCGUAAAACAGCAGAAGAGGCCACAUGUACACGAGACGGAUGGACACCAAAACCACUGUGUGCUGAAAUGUGUGCAGCACCUAACAUUCCAAAUGCAGAUAUUUUUCGAGGUCAUCAACAAAAAUACAGAAUCGAUUCAAGAAUAGAAUAUAAAUGUCAUCGUGGAUUUGAACCAGAGGAGCCUUUUGAAAUCAUCUGUGAUUACCAGGGCCAGUGGACAGGCUUGACAGGUCGGCAAUGCGUGUUUCUCGCAGCAAAGUCCUGCCCUGAUCUAUCAGUGGAAAAUGGCUUCACACACAGCCAAUCCUCCAACAAGGAAGAAAUCUUUUACUCCUGCAACACGGGUUAUAAACCAUUCACUGGAAACUGGUGGGAUUCAGUGACAUGCAGCAAAGGAUCUUGGUCUGACGAGCCUCGCUGCAUCCGGAAGGAAGAUUGUGGUGCUCUUCCCAGUGUUCACCAUGGAAAACUAAUCCAUCGUGAUCGAGAAACUGCUGAAGUGGAAUGUGAUCCAGGGUUCAUAUCAACUGAACCCUUCAUAAAAUGCACCAAUGGUAGAUGGGAGACACCAGUGUGUAAAGAGGAUGUGCGUUGUGGCAUUCCUCCAAAUGUGGAAAAUACAGUCAUAACAUCUAAACCUGAAAAAUUUUAUCCUGAUGGAUCUAGCUUAACAUACAUAUGUCGAAGCUCAUACUUUAUAAGUGGAGAAAGAACGGUUUCCUGUCACAAUGGAACAUGGGGAAAAACACCAACAUGUCAAGAUGAAGGUAUUUUAAAGUAUUUUAAAACUUCUUACAGAUUUUAAAAAUAUCAUUCACGUACAGUAUGUGAAAAUCAAGAGAGAAAGAUAUUUAGAUACUUGAAAAUCAAGAAGAAGGACUUUAAAUGCCCAGAAACUUUUGUAGUAGUGAUGACAAUAAUUACAAAAUAAAUUUGCUUUGAAGACCCAGUGAAAACAGAAUUUGAGUUUUGGCACUUUUAGUCUAUCUGCACUAGAUUAAUAUGCCAAUGUAAUGGUAAACAUUAUCAGUUUAUCUUUAAUAUAUGCUUUUAAAUUUGACUUGUCUUUUCUUCUGGGAAAACAUGAAAAAGUAUUGAUGAUAUUCUGUAGUGGACCAUUUCUGUCUCCUCGUGGAAAACAAACACUUGUAAAAAAUAAAAAUGGCAUGAAAUUACCAUUAUAACCAGUAGAUGGCAGCAGAUGACAACUCAUUAGCUGAGCUGCCAUUUCCACUCCCUAGGUCUUUUCACAUCUUGCUUUAAGGCUUAUUAUAAAAUGACUAUUAUAACUAAUUUUUGUAUUUCUAUUGUACAUAAGUAUGAAGUAUAGGAAGGUCAGAAAGUCACAAAGUCUCAUGUCAUUU